CCACAAGGUCGUUAAGUGGCCACAGAUAUCAUUAUAAUAAACGAGUGAAGGUUUCUUAGAAAUUGAAAUUUUCGUUCAUUUUAGUUUUGCAAUGGAUAGUGGAGUAGGUUCGCGUACAUAAUCUUUAAUUGAAAUAAUUUACCUGUUUUUUUUCUCAUCUGGAAUCUUCAUCCUCAAUUAUUUCGAGAGGGGAUGUAAUCAGCACCUCAUUUUUAUACAAUAUAAAUUUGUGUGUUCAGUUUUUGGUGUAACAGAUUAAUUCGGAAAAUUAGCAGCUAUGACGGACAAAGGCCAAAACAAGAAAGUCCAAAUAUCUUCAACAGUUCCACCAGAUGGUUUUCUUCCAUAUCAUUGGAAUGUUAUUACACCAGCUAUGGCAGCAACGGCUGCUAAAAACAUAAAUGAAACCGAAGAAACUAGAACCAAAGGGUUGAAAGUUAUGAGAGAGAUACUCAGAAGUGAUCCAGAUAUUGAGUUCACGGACGAAGAUGACAUUCUUCUCGUUUUCCUGAGAUCCAGAAAAUUUGACGGAGAGAGAGCGGCAGAAUUUUUUAAAACAGGUUUACAUUAUGUAGAAAAUUACCGCUACUUGUUACAGAGGAAAGAUCCAGCUAUACUUAGGAAAUUCCUUAGGACAAAUACGUUCGGCUUUCUUCCUUACAGAGACAGUAAAGGAAGGGCGAUCAUUUACGCAAGGGCCGAUUUAUGGGAUCCAGAUGAGAUCGCAGCAGCAGAUUGUAUUUUCGGUGGACUGAUAUCUGUGAGAUCAGCAGGCGACAAUCCAGUCAACCAAGUGACAGGAUUCGUGGUCCUGCUAGACCUAAAAGGGUUAAGAAUCCAACAAAUCAUCGCAAUGAGCAAAUGGAUGCUUUUUGGAACCGUUGCACUUCAACGUGCUUGUCCAUGUUUUAUGAAAGCCUUUCAUGUCAUCAAUAUUCCGUCAUUCUACAAAAUUGGUUGGAAAAUUGUCAAGCCGCUCAUUAGUGAGAAAAUACGAAAAAGGUUUAUAUUCCAUAAGAGCCAGGACCUCAAUUCACUAUACGAGCAUUUACCGCCUGAUAUACUUCCUCCGGAGCUGGGUGGCAAAUUGGGACCUUUCACAAAUGACCACUGGGCUUCAGACAGCCAAAUAGAUGCAUUGGAGAAAAAGUAUUAUGACCAACUGAACACAAAUGGCAUUAUAUCCAAAAGAAAAAAGGCAGCGGCAUCUAGGUAAUACAAAUAGGAUGUACAUAUAUCCUUCAAAUCUUUACUGUGCUGAGUCAAUUUUACGACACUGCAGUUCCUCAAGAGUAUAUUCGAACAAGAACUUACUAAGAGUUGGACCAAUGAACAAUUGUAUUUUUUUAAAACGUUAUUGUUCGUGAACUUAUUUCUUCAGUCACAUAACCCCUAGACCAUUGGAAGUGAAACUUCUGAAAAGAACACAGCGUCAUAAUCCCUUCUUCCAUAUUAUACAAAAAUGGUAUCAAAUACUUCAACAGUUGUGUAAAGUUAACAAUUGGACAAAGAUUAAAGGAAGUGUAAAAAGAAGUUAUUUCUAAAAAUUCUAUUUUAAGUUUUCGAAAGCUCCAUACAUCUGUUAGUGCAAAGAACGCUGCAAUUUUCUCAUUCAAAUUAGUUUCAACUUAUA